CCGUCCAUACCCUUAGCAACAAUAAAAUUCAAAUAAUGUUUCAUUUGUAAUUUGGGAACUUAAGUAAAAAAUUAAUACCACCACCAAGUUGAGCUAUGUUAAAUGAAUUUGAGUUAAAGCACUGCGCAUGAAAACUUUCUUGGUUCCGUUAUGUAACCGUUAGUUGGCAUAAGACCCAACAAACAACUCCCAAUUGGGCAAAAUGUCCAGGUCAGCCCCUCUCCUGCAGGUCGCCUCCGCCGUGCUCCUCCUGCUGGUGUCCUCUUGCGCGGCCACCGACCACAUCGUGGGCGCCAACAAGGGCUGGAACCCCGGCCUCAACUACACCCUCUGGGCCAACAACCACACAUUCUACGUCGCCGACCUCAUCUCCUUUAGGUACCAGAAAACGCAGUACAAUGUGUUUGAGGUGAACCAGACGGGGUACGAUAACUGCACGACGGAGGGGGCCACCGGAAAUUGGAGCAGCGGCAAGGAUUUCAUACUCCUCGACAAGGCCAAGAGGUACUACUUUAUCUGCGCCAAUGGCGGCUGCUUCAGCGGCAUGAAGGUCUCUGUUCUUGUCCACCCCCUCCCGCCUCCGCCCAAGUCUUCCAUGACCGACCACACCUCUGCUGCAGCGCCUCCGCCGAUUCGAAUUUUGGGGGUGAUUUUCGGUGCAUUGCUCUCUGCUUGUUUUGGAAUGGAUUAGGCUAGUGUGGCGAUAGUGGUUGUGGUGUGUGCGUAGAAAGUUUUUGGACCCCAUUUCUAUUUCCUGUUUUUUUUUUUUAAAUUUUUCUCUCACUCUUCAUAUAUCCAAUUGUUGUACUCCACUUCGAGAAUUUGAGUGUAAACUGGGACAUUAUGAAUGAUUAUGAUUUAUGAGAUUGAUUA